GCCAGGAGGUUGUGCGGGAGCUGGGAGCUCCUACCCAGACCGAAGUCCAGCGCCUGUUUGGUGUCAGCCCGCAGCACCUGCAGCUUGAAAAGUGGGAAGUGAAGGGUGAGGAGAACACCAACCUCACCAUUUACCCCAUCGAAUUGCAAGGAAUUCCGAUGGAGAAACUCGCAGGAAUCCGGCGCUUGAACCUCAAAGCCCGGACUGUGGUCACGGGUGCUGAGCACUUUGUCCGUCCUGAGACGCAGGUUGCCGCAGACCAAGGGAAGACUUGGCUGGACUACCUUGCCAACCAGCUCGUCCAGCAGAGGAAGGACCUCCACGCCAAAGCUAUGGAGUUGCAGGGCAUCAUUACGCAGGACCAAGCGCAGUAUGAGGAGGCUGAGGUGACUCACGAGGCCAUGGAAUCUGCGCCGGUGCAGGAUGGUCAGCCGUGUCACGAGGAAGCGGGCUUCUUACCAAGUUCGGCCUCAAGACAGCCGCAGGUCAUGGACCCCGACGCCAGGAUGCGUGAGGCCGUGGGUGAGACAGCCAACCAAGGUUCCGCGCGCAAGCGCAGUGCGGCCGGGGCGGCCAGCAACACAGGAGCUCAGCGUGGCAAAGGUCGAGCCGGAACUGGCAAGAGGAAGAAGACAGGAGGACUGGACCCACUCGAUGAGAUUCUUGAAGCCCCCGAAGAGGAGGAGGACGAAACCGCGAACGCGAACAUCGACUGGGACGCAUUUGAGUCCCGGGAUCCCGAGAUGUUCAGUGUGGCGUCCGCCCACUACGACCUGACCGGCAAGGUGGCGUCCUGCUUCCACUACCUCAGCCCCUCCAAGUUCUUGCUGGGAGAGAAGCUUGGCCAGGUGCUCAACGGCGCCACUCAGCUGCACGCAUAA